CCGAAACAAAGGACCCAAUAAUUACCCACCAUUCUCGAUCCCGCGCCGCCAUCCAUUACUUGCAUCGUUUUAGAUGACGUCACCCCUCUCUUCCUUCCACCACGCCUCCUAAACAACCCGUGGACAGCUGCUCCUAGCUUACCAAUACCUGAAGACCUUCCCUUUGUGUCUGUCUCCCGUUACAUUUUCGCUCAACGCCAAACUCGAAGUCUUCCAUCCUUGUUUACAAAGUAUAUCGUGGAAAUUAUGUUCCCAGACCAAGACCAAGCCCAGAUGCAAGGUGGAGGUGGGGGUAUUGGCCAAAUGCAAGGAGCGAUGGGACAUCUGCCGUAUAAUGAUCAUGUGCUUACCAUUACGAACGCGACUACCCCGGAUCCGUAUGUUAUUUGCGAAGGUGGGAUUUAUUAUAUGACCUUUACAGCGGGGGAUCGAGUGGAGAUUUGGUCUGCGGAUAGUUUGUUUGAGUUUGAGAAGAGAGCAAAGAAGGAUGUCAUAUGGCGGCCACCCCCAAACACACCAUACUCAGGUGAUCUCUGGGCCCCAGAACUCCACUCCCUCUACGGGCGCUGGUACGUCUAUUUCGCCGCUGACGAUCCCGCCCAUGGCAACAAAUCCCACCGAAUGUACGUCCUAGCGGGCCCGCCAUCCGACCAAUCCCCCUUAAAUCCCCAGGCCUGGAACUUCGAAGGACGACUCCAAGGCAUACCCGAAGACCAAUGGGCUAUAGACGGCACCGUAAUCUCCCUCCACGGCGGCCUCUGCUUCGUCUAUUCCGGCUGGCCUCUCGGCGAAAAUUCCAGCGAAUCCAAGCAAGAAAUCUUCAUCAUCGAAAUGGAAAGCCCAACCUGCUGUACUGGCACCCCCGUACGCAUCUCCACACCCGACCACCCCUGGGAAUACUCGGGUAAAAGCGGCAUCAACGAAGGCCCGCAAUUCCUCAGCUCCCCCGACGGGCGAUGGACCGGGAUCGUGUAUUCCUGCGCCGGUUCAUGGACGCACGAGUAUAAAAUGAAUAUCUUGCAUUUUGUGGGCGGGAAUCCACUUGAGGUGGCGAGUUGGAGGAAAUCUGGGCAACCGUUAUUGAUGGCGAGGAGAGAUGAUGCUCCUCCUUAUGGGCCGGGACACGGGAAUUUUGUGGUUGUGAAUGGGCCAGCCGGUCAGGAGGUUUGGGGCGUGUUUCAUGCGACAGAUAAGAAGACGGGGUGGGAGGGGAGGAAGGCGAGGAUUAUGAGAGUGGGGUGGGGGGAAGGAGGGCCGUUUAUGGGGAGUGGGGAGUGUGGGAAUUGUAGUAAUGAUGUUAAUCAUUUUCUUUAUGGGAGUGGAUCGGCUGGAGGAGGGGGAGGAGGAGGGGGAGGGGGAGGAAAUGGGGCUGGUGGUGGCUUGAAGGGGCUGAAGGGGUUGAUGGGGCAGGCGAAGGGGUUAGUGAAUAAAAUCUUCAAGUGA